AUGCAAUUUACUUUUGCCCUAUUCACCGCAGCUGCGCUGCUGACUCCUGUCUAUGCCAUUGGAAUCACCCCUAUGAGCCGCCGCGAGACUAGCCGCGAGAGUGGCCUUAAGCUCGAAUCCUGCACUACCAGCCAACAGGCCGCAGUCGAAGCUGCCGUUCAACGCGCCGCCUCUCUCUCCAAGGCCGCUGCUGACGCCGCUAUCAACGGAAACGCUAGCAUCUUCGAAGAGUACUUCCGCACUACCGACACUGCAUCCCGCCAGGAGGUCGCUGCCCGCUUCGAGGCCAUCGCCAACGAGGCCUCUAACCUCAGCAGCGGCAAGGUGACCUACAACUGUGGUAAUGACAUAACACAGAGCGAGUGUGGCAAGGGUGUCCUCGCCUACGCAGUCUCUGGCAAUAACAAGAUCGUCAACUGCCCGGACUGGUAUAAGAUUGUGCCCGCGAUCGACAACUGCGGCGGCACUGAUCAGGGCCUCGCCAUGAUUCACGAGAUCUCGCACAUAGGCGACGUCUACAGCCCGCCUACCCAAGACUUCGCGUACAAGUACAACGCCCUCGUCGAGCUUCCCAAGGAGCAAGCUGUCCUGAACGCCGACACCUACAACCUCUACGCUGGUGCCAUCGAUCUUGACUGCCAGAUUGGUGAGAGCAAGGGCGUUGAACUCCCGGAUUGGAUGGUCGCUGAGAUCUUAAAUAACAACAGUAAAUAG